AUGAGUUUGAUUGCAGAACUUGAAGUGAGGAAUGAAGUACUGAAUGCAAUUAACACCAUGGACGAGUCACGACUCUCUGCUCUUCUCCAAUUUAUCAUACAGUAUAUUAGAGAUCCAAGAUUUACACCUGUCUUGGUCCCCUUCACUCAGACUGUUCUCAAGCAUUAUGGCCAAGUUAUUGGCCUCAGCGAAACGGUUGAUACUUUAUUAAGAACGUUGAGAAAGAAAGUCAAUCAAGAAAUUCUUGCCCAGGAAAAGUUGUGUCAACUGAAAGGUGUUCUCGACUUUUUAAUGUUGACCAAUUUGAAUUAUCAGAGCGAAAAUCAGCAACAGUCGGCUUUACCUCACUCGCAACCAACCGCCUCAAUUUAA